AUGGAUCGGAACGAGCCGAGUGCGCGGGGUGGAGACGACGAAGAUCAUCCCUUUGUCUCGUCUGUGGGAGGUGAAGAAUCUAAUAAUGAAUCAUCUCUGAUUGGUGAAGAUGCCUCCAUUAAUCUGGAGCUAUGUGAGAUUCCUAAAUCUGAGGAAGAGAACGUUGUGCUUGAGGAGAAUGACGAAUCUUCUGAGGAAAUAUCGGAGGAGGUUGAUUCUUCUGCUAGUGUCGCUCUGCUUGGUGAUAGUAGUGUUGAAUUAGGUGAUGAGUCGAUGCUUGGAAGAGAAGCUUCUUUUGAGGUUGGAGAAAGCUCAACGAGUAAGAAGAAGAAGAAGAAGAAGAAGAAGAAGAAGAAGAAGAAGAAUAAGAGUGGAAGGAAUGAACAUGAAGAAGAUGAAAAAGUUCCUAAACAUGUUCUAAAGAUCCGAGAGAGACUUGCGAGGCGGGAAGCUGCGGAAGAGAAGAAGAGGAAGGAAGAAGAAGAGAAACUGAGGAAGGAAGAAGAGGAGCGCCGCGCAGAGGAAGAGCGAGAGAAGGAAGCUGAAGAGGCUAAACAGAGGAAAAAGCAAAGAAGCAAGGAGAAACUGCUGAAGAAGAAGCAAGAGGGCGGGUGUCUAACAGAAAAGCAGAAGAGAGAUAAGUCUUUCAAGAACAAGGUUUUAUCAAAUGUAUCUGGAAGUCUUCUUCUGGCAGAUCAUAAAAACGGCGAAUCCUCAAAGCGUCCCGUUUAUGCCAACAAGAGAAAACCAGCUCAUCGCGCAAAAGCAAACGACUCUGCUUCUGUCCAGGUGAAAGAUGAUGGAGAAACAAAGAAGAAUCAUGCACAUGAACCAACUACUUUUGUGCAACAAGCAGCUGCUGAUGUAACACAGAAGAAUGAUGAUGAUUGGGAAGCAAAAAGUGGGGACUCUGUUGAUUCCAACAUGAUGUGUGAUUAUGAUGAUGAGAAAGAAGAACCUCAGCCUGUAGUUGAGGAAGAGUUUAAAGACACUGCAUCAAAGGCUGAAGUUGCAGGCAAUCCAACAACUUCUGCCAAAAAUGCCAUGCCAAAAGAUGGUUCUGGCUCAGUAGUGAAUGAAGAAAGGGAAGAAAAUCUUCGCUCUCCUAUUUGCUGCAUCAUGGGUCAUGUUGAUACUGGUAAGACGAAGCUGUUGGACUGCAUCAGAGGAACACAUGUUCAGGAAGGCGAAGCUGGAGGUAUUACGCAACAGAUUGGUGCAACGUAUUUCCCUGCGGAAAACAUCCUCGAGAGGACCAAGGAGUUGAAAGCUGAUGCAAAACUUAAGGUGCCAGGUCUGUUGGUUAUUGACACGCCUGGGCACGAGUCGUUCACGAAUCUUCGGUCAAGGGGUUCGAACCUGUGUGACAUUGCGAUUCUAGUGGUUGACAUAAUGCAUGGUCUAGAGCCACAAACCAUCGAGUCUCUGAAUCUUUUGAGGAGGAGGAACACAGAGUUCAUUGUUGCCUUGAAUAAGGUUGAUAGGCUAUUUGGGUGGAAAAAAUGCAAGAAUGCUCCUAUCAGGAAAGCAAUGAAGCAGCAAUCGGUAGAUGUGGUUAAUGAAUUUAACAGGAGGGUCACUGAGGUUAUAACCCAGUUCAAAGAACAAGGACUCAACACUGAGCUUUAUUACAAGAACAGAGAAAUGGGAGAAACUUUCAGUAUUGUUCCUACUAGCGCUAUUAGUGGGGAAGGGAUUCCAGAUCUGUUGCUGUUGUUGGUUAAGUGGGCUGAGAAAUCGAUGGUAGAGAAACUCACAUAUGUUGACAAAGUUCAGUGUACCGUCCUUGAGGUCAAAGUUAUCGAAGGCCAUGGUACAACGAUCGAUGUUGUUUUGGUCAACGGUGUACUCCACGAAGGGGAUCAAAUCGUUGUUUGUGGGACACAGGAGCCAAUCGUAACAAGUAUUAGAUCUUUAUUGACUCCUCAACCAUUGAAAGAAAUACGGGUGAAGGGUACAUAUAUGCAUCAUAAAGAAGUAAAAGCUGCACAAUGUAUCAAGAUCACUGCACAGGGUCUUGAACACGCCGUUGCUGGUACUGCCUUGCAUGUGAUUGGACCUGGUGAGGAUGUGGAAGAAGCCAAGAAAACAGCAAUGGAAGAUAUGAAGUCAGUCAUGAGCCGGAUUGACAAAAGUGGUGAAGGAGUAUAUGUACAAGCUUCUACAUUAGGGUCUUUGGAAGCAUUGCUCGAGUUCUUGAAGUCCCCGGAUGUACAAAUACCUGUCCGUGGUAUUGGGAUAGGACCUGUGCACAAGAAAGAUAUCAUGAAGGCCGGCGCAAUGCUAGAGAAGAGAAAAGAGUACGCUACGGUUUUGGCUUUUGACGUGAAAGUGACCACGGAGGCUCGGGAACUUGCGGACAAAAUGGGAGUGAAAAUCUUCUGCGCUGAUAUCAUCUACCAUCUGUUCGAUCAGUUUAAGGUUUACAUCAAGGGUAUCAAAGAGGAGAAGAAGAAAGAAACAGCGAGCGAAGUAGUUUUCCCAUGUGUGCUUAAGAUUUUACCGGACGGCGUUAUUAAAUCUAAAGACCCAAUCAUUUUGGGAGUGAAUGUCAUCGAUGGUAUACUCAAGGUUGGAACUCCUAUCUGCAUUCUCAAGAAGAUUGAGAAUUCAACAGAGUUUAUGGAUAUCGGUCGCAUUGGAUCUAUUCAGAUCAACAAUCAGCCACUUGACUAUGCAAAGAAAGGCCAGGAGGUGGCGAUUAAGAUUGAUUCUAACCAUGGAGAACAGAAAACGUUUGGGAGGCACUUUGGCUCAGAUGACAAGCUUAUCAGUCAUAUUUCUAGGCGAUCCAUAGACGUACUCAAAACAAGUUACCGGGAUGAAAUAUCUGAAGACGAGUGGAAGCUUGUUUCGAAACUUGAGAAGUUGUUCAAGAUUCUUUAG